AUGAAACCGUCCAGCCCGAUCCUGUUCCUCCUCGUCUUCCUCCUCGCCUGGCUGGGUUCCAAGGCUGCCCCCUCGGCCUCUCCGCCUUCGGGCUCCGACUUCCCGGGGAUGGGCCACCCCUUCAAAACCUCCCCUUGUGCUACUGAAAAUUCCACUAGAGAUCGGCCUCACCCAGAAUUCCCUGAGACUUCUCAUCUUGAGCCCUCCAAGACACCUCAUGCAGUUUCCCCUGAGACCUCCCCCCUUGACUUCACUGAAAUCCCUAACUCUGACCUCCCAGAAAGGACACAUCCAAAGUCUCCUGGGACCCCCAAGCCUGACCCACUCACAACCUCAAUAUCAGAAUCUGUGGACACUGCAAAAACUAACCCCUCCAAAAUGACACACACAGAAUUUUCUGAGACCUCCAAAUAUGACCCAACUGAAAUUCCACACCCAGGAUUUCCUGAGACCCCCAAACCCAAUCCCUCCAAAACUUCACACCCAGAAUUUCCUGAGACCCCAAACAUUGACCUUAUGUUAACUACACACCAAGAAUCCCCAGAGAUUCCCAAACUUAACGCCACUGAAAUCUCACAUACAGAAACCCAUGAGACCGCAAAUCCUGACCCCACCAAAACCCUUGACCCCAAAUCUCCAGAAACCCAUGACCCUGACAUUACUGAGUCCCCAAACACUGCAUUACCCCAGACCCUCCAUCCUGACCCUACUGAAAGCCCCCACCUUGAAUCCCAUGUGACUCACAACCCCAGCCCCAAUAAAAUUCCCCAAACAGAAUUCCCCACAACCCACUACCAAGAUGCAACCGUGAUCCCCAUGACCUCUGACCCUGAAAUCUCCACUACUCUUUACCCAGAAGCGCCUGCACCCUUCAAGGAUGAAGCUACUGCCCUAAAUGAGUUGCCUCUGAAUCCCAAACUAGAAACCCUUCCAGCCACCCAGCCUGACUCCCCUAAAUUGCCCACCUCAGAGCCUCCAGGGACCAUUGAGCUGAAGGCCUCCCAGAACUCUGGCCCUAAAGGGCCUGUCGCCCCUCCUCCCUCAUCCCGGAUUGCAGGGCCCCCUGCUCCUCCGGGGCCCCCCAAUGAGCUGGACCCUGCCGCUCCGCGAGCCCCCCAGCGGCGCAGCCGAGGUGAGAGAGUCAACACCAUCAUCGUGGUGGAACGAGUGAAGGAGACCGGCGUGACUGUGGUGGGGCGCCCUCGCGGCGCUGCAGGCGGGGCGCUGUGCCUGUUCUUUGCGGGCACCGGGCUGCUGAUCGGCAUCUUCCUUCUGCUGUGGUGUCUCUACCGCCGGGCAGCUCGACACCGGCCCUUCGCGCACCACCGGCUUCCGGACAACGGAGAUGAACAGGUUGUGCAUUUGGACGCCCCGAAGGACCCCUACGACCUCUACUUUUAUGCAUCGGAUGCCUGGGUCCCUUCGCACAUCGCCACCAAGCAGCCGCCACCCACACCCCCGCUGCCACCCAAGCUGCCCCCGCCGCCUCGCGGGGGCCGCCCCCAGCGCUUGGAGGCACUGUCCCCCGCCACUCUCCCCAACAACUUCGUGUGA